GGAUAUCCGCCACGACCGGAAAUAUCCCAUAUUUGGGCAUUCUUAGCAGGAGCAAUGGCAGCUUACAUUGAAUGUGAACGGCUAGCUUGAUGCUGAUUGUGUAGUGUAAAUGAUCGAUUUUUAGACAUUUUCAACCCAUGAUCGAGACGGACGAGCGGUGCAUUGGAACGUAUAUAUUUUUAAAAAUGUCAAAAACCAAGUGCUAGUGACCGAUCCGUUAAACCGCUACCAAACCGAAACCAAUUAGCACGGCUUUAGCAUCCUCGACACCUUUCGUGAAUUCUCUCGCUACUCGUAACACCCCCGACUCUCACCCGGUAUCCACCGCUCUCCAUGCCCGAGCAAGGCCCGAGGAUGAACAGCUUCUCCCUCGGCGAGUUGUGCUGGCUCUUCUGCUGCCCGCCCUGUCCGAGUCGCAUCGCGGCCAAACUGGCGUUCCUGCCGCCCGAGCCCACGUACUCCAUCCACACGGAUGCAAGCGGCGCGACCAGCCUGCAUCUCACCGAGCGCGCCGACUGGCAGUACUCCCAACGCGAGCUGGACGCCGUGGAGGUGCUGGUGACCCGAACCAGCCGCGGGAACCGGGUCGGCUGCAUGUUCGUCCGCUGCGCGCCCGCUAGCCGCUACACGCUGCUGUUCUCUCACGGCAACGCCGUGGAUCUGGGCCAGAUGUGCAGCUUCUACAUCGGCCUCGGCUCCAGGAUCAACUGUAACGUGUUCUCCUAUGAUUACUCGGGUUAUGGGGUCAGUACCGGGAAACCGUCCGAGAAGAACCUAUACGCUGAUAUCGAAGCGGCCUGGCAGGUGCUGAGGAACAAGUAUGGAGUGACUCCGGAAAACAUCAUCCUGUAUGGGCAGAGCAUAGGGACGGUGCCGACGGUGGACCUGGCGGCCCGGUACGAGUGCGCGGCAGUGAUCCUCCACUCUCCCCUCAUGUCCGGCUUGCGUGUGGCCUUUCCCGACACCCGCAAAACCUACUGUUUUGAUGCCUUCCCGAGCAUCGACAAGGUGUCAAAGGUGGCGUCUCCAGUGCUGGUCAUCCACGGCACAGAAGACGAAGUGAUCGAUUUCUCCCACGGUUUGGCCAUCUACGAGCGAUGUCCGCGUGCCGUGGAGCCUCUGUGGGUGGAGGGCGCCGGGCACAACGACAUCGAGCUUUACGCUCAGUACCUCGAGAGACUCAAACAGUUCAUCACGUUUGAGCUGGCUACCUCCUGAAGACGCGGCGCGGCACAGCAGGCCGAGGCGCACACAUUCGUGUAGGGAUCACCUUUACCCAGGGCUGAGGACGCCAUUAGUACUUGCACUUGCUGACGAAAAAAGCUGAAGUCUCUCUCUUGAUAUUUAGGAGCGGGGCGUUUUCAUCCCUACGGGGGAAAUGUGUUUUAAUGAUUUCGAACCACUUUCUAUUCUUUUAUACUUGAUGAAGAAAUGUUGACAUUUUGCACCGCAUUCAAUAAGUUGCAUUUGAUGAUUAGAUUUUUC